AUGGUAUACGAAUCACGUUUUGAGAUCAAGUUUUUCUGGUCGGUUCAGGGUGUCACCAUCGGUGGAAGUCGGACUAGUUACCUCGAGCCGCUCCUAGUCGAGAGAAUUGAAUUCCCCUGCGAUGAAAGGGAAGCCAGCCGUAAAUUCCCAGAGGGGAAGUACCCCUGUCUUUGUGUAAGAUACCUAGUACCUAGAUUGCAAUCUACACCACCAUCACAACCACAACCAAAGACCACCGAAAUGUCGAGUUUAUGUUCCAUUUCGCCGGAAAUAUCACCACUUUACAGUUAA